AAUAAUAAAUAGAGCAAAGAAAUGGAAUAAAUAACUAAAUAAGUUCGUAAAGUGCAAUGUCACUAUUUCUUAUUGAGCUCAGUGACGGCGACAGAAACAAAGCUGUUUUUAUAAUGCUGUGUCCUGUAUAUACCAGUUUCUCCAAGGACCACUGCACCACGGCUCUUAACUGUCUUUAUUUUUGUGCUCUAUAAAUACCCUUACUUUGUCUUAUUUUGAAAGUCCCAGGCGGAAGUUGCUUGUUUUAUUUUGGUGGUUGACGUCAUCCCGGCCGCUCAGGUCCCGUUAUGUGCGGCUAACAGGGUCUCAGACGAACACUGAAGAGAUGAGACGAAAGAGAAAAGAGCAUCAGGAAACUGUAAUAAAACCUCCCCGCUGGAACUGGAAAAUGUUUCGGAUUUGGAAAUGGUGGAUUUGUGUGAUUAUUCUAACAGGCGCCCUCCCCCCCUGUUGCUCAGGGGUGCACGUGUUUGUGAGAGAUCAGAAGAGGUAUGCUGUGCUGUUCCAGUCAGUAGUUCUGCCCUGUCAGUACACCAGUGUUUCCACCCAAACCCCUGUAGUGCAGUGGGUGUACAAGUCAUACUGUCGUGACCGCACACGGGAUGCGUUCAGCUUCUCCGAUAACCUGGGUGGAGGCCUGGGAGGAGGUCUAGGAGGAGGUGGGAUGACGGGGGGCACAGGAGGAGUUGGAGGAUUGUAUGAGACUGGGGUGUCAACAAGCUACCUCGACUGCUCUGACAACAGCCGGACGGUCCGAACUGUCGCUUCCAUCUCUGGAUCCUCAGUCACACUGUCAGAGUACUACAAGAACAGAGACAUCUCCAUCAUCAACAAGGCAGACUUACGCUUAGGGGAGGUCCAGUGGGGAGACAGUGGAGUGUACAUCUGUAAAGUAGUUAUAUCCGAUGACCUAGAGGGACAAAAUGAAGCGUCUGUGGAGUUGCUGGUCCUAGGUUUGUCUGGUGUUCCUGAAGAUCUUCUACCAGACUUUGAUCUGAAGAUUAUGCCAGAGUGGGUGUUUGUGGCUGCAGUGGCACUGGGCAGUGUGUUGUUCCUGCUGCUGGUGGGGGUGUGUUGGUGUCAGUGUUGUCCUCACUCCUGCUGCUGCUAUGUGAGCUGCUGGUGCUGCCCUGACACAUGCUGCUGCCCAAGACACUUGUAUGAGGCUGGUAAAGCCAUAAAGACAGGCACCUCCACCCCUCAAACACCUGCCUACCCUCCAUAUUUUGUCUCUGGUGUCCCAGCGAUGGUUCCCAUUGCUCCACCCUCACUGGUGGACAAGAUGUCUUCCAUUCCACCAUCAGAUGGCACUUUAGUUUCAGCAGUGCCGAUGCAUGCUCUAGGGGUUCCCUACCGUGUGCCUUCACCACAGGAUCAGAACUCUCUCAGGGUGCUACAGUAUGUAGAGAAACAACUGGCUCACUUCAACCCUGCCAGGUCCAACAGCCACCAGUCAUGUAGCCUGUCUGAGCUGAGCUCUCUCCACGAAGGAGAAGCCAACUUCCGUCAGACUUACCGAAAUGUCCAGAAGAAAGCUCUACCUGCUAUCCCUGACAGCGAUUCUCACGAUGAACCUCAGCGUUACCGUGAGAGCCGCAGCCCAGAGCCACAGCGGUAUCGUGAAAAUCCAUCUUCCCCCCAGCGCUAUCGAGAUGACCCUGAUUCAGAGCCACGCCGCUGCCAAGAGGAGUCUCUUCCUCCGCGACGUUACAGCGACGACCCUCCAUCUUCCUCUCAGUCACACAGACCUGGCCGCAGUCAAAGACCACAAAAUCACAGCGAUGAGGACAACCACAAUUGCAGAUGGAACCCCCGUUCAGAACAUCUGCAGAGGAAGACGUACCGCUCUGCUGAACGAACUGGCUCACUUGACGAGCUGGAGGAGUUUGCCGUCUCUUAUAGGCAAAGGGGAGGCAGAGGGAUGGAACGAAGAGAAGAUGCAAGAGGAAACUAUGACAUGGAGCUUUUGGAGUAUAGUCGAUAUCCUUCCUAUCGUAACGGACCGCCUCAACAUUAUCACAAUGACGAAAAUAGGCUAGAAGACAACAGUGACCAUGAAGAUCAUCCAGGGCGAAAUAGGAACAUAAGUCCACUUCCUUCACCAAAAAAGAGGAGGGGCACUUGGGAUGAUGACCGCCCUGUCCCACCUCCUCCCAGAGUCAGCCCCCCAUCAACAUCAUCUCAGGAGAAGGACUACGAUAGCGCAUUCCUGAACAGUCUUCUGGAGCGCAAGGCAAAGCUGCGAGGGGUGAGCCAGGGGAAGAGUGGGGCACGGGGUGAAGCCGAGUCAGACACCCCCUCAAAAAGCAGCUCAAAGAAGAGCAGCGGGGAGUCGAAUCGGCACGACAGCCGCUCACCUAGUAACAGGCCCGAAGUGGAAUCGCUGUCUCCUUACUCAGAUACAGAACGGGGCAGAUCUGACAGGCCAUCCUCACGGUCGCUCCCGGCAACCAGUCGCUCUUCUCAACCUCCUGAACAUUCCCUUCCCAGUCGUAGAGAGGAAUCUAGGGAGAAGUCGCGGAAAGUGAGUACGCUCCUCAGCCGGGACUCCCUCAUUGUCUGAUGGACUAGUAUCCACAUUUGAGCACUUCAAGAAGAUGGAGCAUACCACAACAAACCUGUACAGGAACUACUUUUAACCUGACAAACAAUCUUAAACUGACUUUGGGAUUUAUGGAUUCUAAAAUAUAUGCAAAGUGCAGCUGAAAGUAGCAUAAAAAAACUGGAUGAAGGCCAGCGAACGAAGGAAAUUGUAGCAGCUUUUGUCAUCAAGACUGUUCUGCCUGCGACGUUGGUGAUUGAAUGAAGUCAUCAGCGCUCAGUUUCUGUCACUGGCUGCCUCGUAUACACGUCAUCUGGACCAACACUGAACUGAUGUGGGCUCAGUGUACGUAUGACCUGGACUGUCCGUCUCAGCAGGUCUCGUCUUCCCUCAUGGCCGUGGAAAAGGCUCUAAAGCAGAAAGAGUUUCUUUGCACUUCCAGCACAAUGACCGCAUUCAUCUGCAUUUGAUGAGGCAUAUACACAGAGUUGUAGAGUAGAAGGUAUACGACAACACUAUUAUUGUAAAGGAGCGUUUCAGUUGGAUGACACUGCAUGCCAUUCAGUGUCAUGAACAGCAACUAAAGCACUGAAGUCUUACCUAAAGCUGGGUUUGCAUAUGAUUCAUUUCUACAUUUAUGGACAAAAUAAUGCUAACAUUUUCUGAAUUGACUCUAACCAUUAAAGCUGCCCUAAUCAUUGUCACUAAUUUUAUACGUCCAUUGACUGAAUGCAGUGUGUAGCUCCGUAUCAUUCUAAUUAACAAACCCACCGUCCUCUACAGGAGGUAUGUGUUUCACUGAAGAAAAAAAAACAUGAAUUAAAAGGUAAAGAAUGUCAUGUUUUAUUCAACCAUUAGAAGACAAAACCCAAGCUCAGAGAGGACUAAAAGACAAUGUUGCUAUUUCUUCUUUUAUGAAUUGAGAUGAUUUCAGUGUUGUGUUUACACCUUGUUUUGCGACCAAAA